AUGGGCAGCGCUAAGCAGGAUGUUGAGCUGGAGGACUUUGGCAACAUCUUCAGCCUCGACGGGAAAGUUGCUGUUGUGACCGGCGGUAGUCGAGGUCUUGGACUCAACGCGGCAUCUGGUCUCCUUCAAGCUGGCUGUUCAAAAGUCUACAUUACCUCUCGAAAGGCCAAGGCUUGCGAAGAAGCGGUUGCUGCGUUGAAUGCCCUUCCCAACAAACGCCCUGGCGCAGUCGCCAUUUCCGUUCCCGCGGACGCCUCCAAAAUCUCCGAGAUCGAGCGUUUGGCUGCGGAAGUAGCAAAAACAACGGAUCAUGUUGAUAUCCUCUUCGCCAACGCUGGGGCCACAUGGGGAGCUCCCUUCGAGAAAUACCCUGAGGACGCUUUCAGCAAAGUCAUGGACCUCAACGUCAAGAGUGUCUUCUACACGGUCCAGAAAUUCGAGUCACUGCUGAGGAAAAAUGCCACCACCGCCAAUCCUAGCAGGGUCAUCGUGACCGGAAGCGUGGCCGGGCUGGGUGUGGGGUCGCUGGGCGAGCAUGGAACAUUUGCCUAUUCUGCAUCGAAGGCCGCAGUGAUUCACCUGGCGAAGAAUCUCGCCGUUGAGCUGGGUCCUCACGGAAUCAUCACCAAUGCCAUUGCACCGGGCUUCUAUCCGACCAAGAUGGCUUCCGGCUUGAUGGAACUACAGGGUGGACAGGCCGCUCUGGCAGCUGAGGUGCCGAACAGGAGACUCGGCCACCCCGAAGACAUGGCGGGCCUGGUUGUGUUCCUGUCUAGCAGAGCUGCUUCCCACAUCAACGGUGCUGUCAUCACGACGGAUGGAGGAUCUCUCCUUUCGAGAGGGAAAUUGUAA